AGAGCCGCCAUGUACGCGGGCCGCAAGAGGAGAAAACCCGUGCAAAGAACGGUAAAGCCACCGCCCAAUGAAGGCACCAAGUCGAACCCGUCGAAGCGGCACAGGGACCGGCUAAACGGGGAGCUGGAGCGUCUGGCCUCUCUGCUCCCGUUCCCCGAUGAGGUCACGGCGAGUCUGGACAAACUGUCCAUCCUCCGCCUCAGCGUCAGCUACCUGCGAGCCAAGAACUUCUUCACCGUCGCCCUGAGCAACGGCCUGGUCCAUAAAGACGGUGACGCCAAACCAGCGGGGGCGCUAGAGAGCAGGAUCCCGGAGGGAGAACUGCUGCUGCAGGCUCUGAACGGUUUUAUUGUGGUCAUCACGGCCAGUGGGACCAUCUUCUACUCCUCUCACACCAUCCAGGACUACUUGGGCUUUCACCAGACUGAUGUGAUGCAUCAGAGUGUGUAUGAGCUCGUCCACACAGAAGAUCAGCAGGAGCUCCGCAGGAACCUGCACUGGGCCCUGAACCCGUCUCCAGCCUCGUCCAGUGGUCAGGACUCCCCCAACGAUGCAGACUCGGAGAGCGGCUCGUCUUUGGUCACGUACAACCCUGAACACCUCCCCCCAGAAAACUCCUCGUUCUUAGAGCGGAGCUUCGUCUGUCGCUUCCGCUGCCUCCUGGACAACUCCUCUGGCUUUCUGGCGCUGAACCUCCAGGGCAGACUCAAGUUUCUUCAAGGACAAAGUCACAGAGAAGAAAAUGGCGUAAACGCUCCGAUGCAGAUGGCUCUGUUCGCCAUCGCAACGCCGCUGCAGCCGCCGUCCAUCCUGGAGAUCAGGACCAAGAACAUGAUCUUCAGAACCAAACACAAGCUGGACUUCACCCCUAUGGCCUGUGACGCAAAGGGGAAGAUCGUCCUGGGAUACACAGAGGCAGAGUUGAGGGUUCGAGGCUCUGGAUACCAGUUCAUUCAUGCAGCCGACAUGUUGCACUGCGCAGAGAACCACGUCAGAAUGAUAAAGACGGGGGAGAGCGGCCUCACUGUGUUCAGACUCCUAACCAAGGAGAACCGGUGGAAGUGGGUCCAGGCCAACGCCAGGCUGGUUUACAAGAACGGCAAACCAGAUUACAUCAUCGCAACUCAAAGGCCUCUGUUGGAUGAGGAAGGCGGCGAGCACUUGCGGAAGCGUUCGAUGCACCUCCCCUUCACCUACGCAACAGGUGAAGCUCUGCUCUACCAGUCCAACCACCCGCUGGGCUUUCUGGACGAAACCACGGAGAAAAACGGCUGCAAGACCAAGAAGAGCCGGUCUGAGAGAAUGGUCAAAGAUGGUCUGGAUCCUUCAUCUUUGUUAGGAGCCUUCAUGAGUCAGGACCAGUCUGUUUAUGUGUGUCAGCCUGCUGUCGAACCCAAGCUAUCCUUCCAGAAUAUCUUUGGAGAACCACUAGGAUUUUCUGAGUCCAAACCACACAGAAGUUGGGAUGAACCAAGCAACGGGGUUUUGUCAAGUGUCUCUGAAGCGAGCACGAGUCUUGACCCGCUCCUGGCGACUCUGGACUCCCUGGUGCUGGAGGGACAAGGCGUAGUGAGUCCUGAAGAUGGGACUUGUUCAAAUGUAGAACUCUUUGGAGCUCUUGAAGGCCUGGGUCUAAGCGCUGAAGACCUGGAGCUGCUUUUGCUCGAUGAACGCAUGAUCCGAGUUGAGAUGGACCCAGAGCACAUUCCCACUUUGGACGACUUACUCACCAAUGAUGAAAUCCUGUCAUAUAUUUACAACACUCUAGAGGGAAAGAACGAGUCACUGGAGCCGGGGGGAAAGGCGGCUCCCUCUAACGCCUCUGCCGCUCAGACUAACCCCAUCCUGGACAAUCAUCUGCAAAUGGACUUCCCCAGGUCUAAUGUUAUCGGUCAGGGCCCUAUUGUUCAGCUUUCACAACAGAUGCAGCAACAUUUGAUAGUGCGGUCAGGUAAAGGCGACAGUGACUGGGGACAGAAUAGUGACCAUUUGGCGAGCUCUGUGGUCAACGGUGAACUGCAUGAAUCAAAUCACACUAUUCCAAACAGGCACUGGUCACCGCAGGAUGUUUUGGUCAACGCUGGUGUUCAAAUUGAUCCUUUCAAAGCAUUUUUUAAGAACAACACAACAGAUAUGAACGUCCAGUAUGUCCCGCCUCCAGCGCAGAUUCUUCACCAGCCAUCACAACAGUGCCAUGCGAAACAGAAAACCGCUAACCUCAACGGGCUGUGUGCUAUCACUGAUGGGGCAAAACCUUUAUGGGAGGACUAUGGCUUCAGCGGGGGCGUGGCUAACAGCGCCCGCAUCGACAUCAGCCAAAAACACAUAGACCCCGCUGUAGACAUGGACUUUAGCACGCCUCAUAUGGACAACGGGGAUUACUCUAUGAGCGGACGCAGUUUGUUUGGAAGCCAGCAGCACGUCUCGGAGUGUGCGGUCUCGUCUUUUCAAGGAGUGAACCAUAAACUGCCCGAGGACGCCAUCCCGGUGCCGUUGGCUCAGGUCAUCUCCACUCUACCCCAGUGCCCUCCCCCCAACGCCUCUCUGGAGCAAAUCUCAGAGCAGAUCCUGGGCGUGGCCAAGCCCUGCAGGCAGCUGGAGCACUACACCAUGGCAACGGCCCCGGACAGCCCACACGAGGCCAACCGCAGUAAGAUGGAGAACGGCUGCCUUCUGGACAGCACUUACACAUCAGGCUGCGCUCUGACUAAUGGUAACUCAGUAGUGCCCCCUGCUGUUCAGUUGCCUGGCCCGGACCCUCUGUCCAGCCUCUCCGACACCCCAGCCACGGGUUUCUACCUCUGACCUCUGACCCCUGACCCAGCAACGGGACGCUGAGGCCAGAACCGCCGCAGACUGGACCAGCCUUAUCACAAACUGACCUGCCGUAGGCCCGGGUGCUUUUGUGUCUCACAUCUGUGUUUGUGACGUGGACACAGGGUUAAAC